AUGGCGACCAUCAUCCCGGAAAUAGACGCCAAGGACCUCGUCGAUAUCAAGCGGGCCCCCGACGAUGACGGCUUUGGAAAGGCAGGCAGAGUGGCCUCUGCCACCGACCACGGCAUGGGCACCACCGUGAGCACUGCCCAGGAGGCAUCUGGCAUCGUGGCCGCGUCCUGGACUGUCCGAACCCUGAUCAUCGGCUGGGCGGGUGCUCUCUUGCUUAGCUUUGUCCUCAUCUACGAUUCGCAGACUCUGAGCGCCUAUCAGCCCUAUGCCACCAGCAGUUUCAGCAGUGUGUCUCUCCUCGGCACCAUUGCGACCGUGCAGGCUGUCGUUGAGACGAGUACGAGACCUCGACUCCCCCAUCGCCCGGAUUGCGGUGCUAACAAGCCCCCGCUAGUCAUGUACAUCCCUCUUGCCAAACUCUCGGACGUUUAUGGCCGUGGUGAAAUGUUUGCGGUCAGUGUCCUCUUUGCUACUAUCGGACAAAUCAUGCUCGCAACGUCCCGUAGCAUCAGUGUCUAUGCUGGAGCACAAAUAUUUUUCGUACUCGGUGCGGUGGGGCUUAAAUGCAUGUUGCAACUGUUUGCAGGAGAUACCAGCAAUCUGAUGCACCGUUCUUUCAUGAGUGCUGUGCCGACGAUGCCAGCGAUCAUAACAAGCUGGACUGCAUCUUUACUGGCGAAUGCUGUCCUUAAAGGCGCAUCAUGGAGGUGGGGAUAUGGGAUUUUUGCCAUCUUGUUUCCCGUGACUUCUCUGCCGUUGCUCAUCACCUUAUUCUACCACCAACGCAAGGCAGCCAGAUCGCUUGGCCCUCGUCCACGAUUCGACAUGCACAAACAGUUGACGCACUUGAAGGAGUUGGAUCCUAUCGGUCUGCUCUUCUUCAGUGCCGCCCUGGCCUUGAUUGUGGUUCCCAUCACGAUUUCUCAAACGAACACCGGUGGCUGGGGGAGUGCCCAUAUCAUUGCGAUGCUGGUUGUCGGCGUUGUCAGCGCCAUCAUCUUCGUCGUCUGGGAGCUCAAAUGGGCAAAGUAUACCAUGCUUCCACCGGCCAUGUUGAAGAACCGAACAGUGGCAGUAUCUGUGAUAAUUGCGAUUCUUAAUUACGGUGCCCUCUACUGCUACUAUCCGUACCUCUUCACCUUUGUCGUCGUCAACGGCAAUCACAGCACGGUCGCCGGCACCAACAUGGUCAUCCUUCCGACCUUUUGUCUGGUGUUUGGACAAAUCAUCGGUGCGAUAUCACUCCGGUACUUUGGGAGAUACAAAUGGACAGUGCUGUUCGGAAAUGGAGUUCAGGUCAUCUCUUUUGGGCUACUCUACAAAUUCCGACAUACUGCCCACAGUCUGGCCGGGAUGAUUGUGUCUCUGGUCCUGUAUGGCCUGGGCGGCGGCAUGUUCAGUGUUCUUCAAACGGGAUGUCAAGCAUCUGUUAGCCAAGGGGCCAUGGCGACCGUCACAGCCUUGUUCUGGACCGGGCUCAACCUUGGAAGUUCUGUUGGCGGAGCUAUUUCUGGUGGCAUCUGGACAAACUUGUUGCCCAACAAGCUCAAGCACAACCUGCCAGCCAGUGCGCAAUCGGAGCUUGCAGCGAUCGAAGGUUCGAUUGUUGUUGCCAUGGAGGUUCCUUGGGGUUCCGCAUUGCGCGAUUCCAUCAACCUGUCCUACGACGAGACCAUGCGGGUCAUGAUGAUGACUGCGCUCAUCGUUCAGGCGUGUGCGUUUCUCAUGACUUUGUUGUUGAAAGACAUCGACUUGAAAGCAGUCGACAGCACGCGAGACUACGGUGGCGCUGUGGUUGGACAGGUGGACGGCAAGGCAAAACAACACUCUGGACAGGAGAUGGACAAGGAACUUGAGGUGUACAAGCAGUAG